AUGGUACUGCGAGACUCUGGAUCUCAAGCGACACUUUUUGGGAAAGCAAGGCUAGAACUGGAGGAACCAUACUCCCAUCCUAUCAAGGACCUGCAUAAGUUGGUGCACGGUGCAGGGAUAGGAGAAUGGCUGUCUGCGAAAAAUUGUAAGAAUAUUCUGACCACACUAUCAAACACUAUCAGAAAUAAGGAUUUAUGGAGCUUGACCAACCAGAAGCAGGUGUAUAAUGAGAUCAAACUUAGGAAAUGGAGGUGGAUUGGUUACACUUUAAGGCGAAGCGGCAACAACAUCACUGGCAAAGCUAUUGAGUGGAAUCCAGAAGGCAGUAGAAGAACUAGUCGUCCAAAACAUAAAUGGCAAAGAACAAUUAAAAAGGAUAUUGAAGCAGUAAGCCGAUCAUGGCGAGAUGUAAAAUCAAUUGCCAACAACCGAACCCGCUGGAGAGCGUUUGUUGAAACCCUAUGCUUCACGUAG